GCUCAGUGGCUCGGCUGCAGUUGGCUCCCUUCAGUUGGCUCCCUGGCCUGGUCGGGAGCGCACGGACGCACGCUUCUGCUCCGCCGCCAGACACUCUACUCCCUUGCCUGCCGCCACUCGCUGUCGCGUCUCACUGGCACUUACACACGCACGAACUAACGCCCUCCAAGCAGCCCCUGAACACUCUGGUAUACACGUGUUUAGGUGGUGUAGGUGGUGUACAUAGGUGUCCUGUGGAGACGUACGCGGACCACCCUCGCGUAGUGGACACCCGAAUGAACCCGGAAUAAACUUGUCAGAGGGAAGAUAUGUCGGAGCUGUAUCAGUGAACCCUCCCUGUCCUCCCGACGCGCCACACGCAGCAACAUGUGGCCCUGGCCGGUAAUGGCGCCCCACGCAGAGCCCCGCGGGAGACACACACGACCCUCCCGCCGAUCAGCUGAGGAAGGAGGCCACGAGAUCAGUUGCAGGAGACGGGCUGUCGGGGGCCUGGAGGGCUGCCUUCUGCUGUGGGCCUUCGCUGCCAGCCUCUCCCUCGGAGAAUGUGACAAGCUGAACUACCUGGGGGUGCUGGACAAACUGUUGGAAGGGUACGACAGACGAGCCACGCCCACCAACCACCUCAACAACGCCACCACCGUCAUGUGUGAGCUGUACAUCAGAAGUUUUGGCUCCAUUGACCCGAAUUCCAUGGACUACCAGGUGGAUCUGUACCUCCGUCAGGCGUGGGUGGACAUGAGACUCAACCACGUAAACUUGACGGAGCCGCUGGACCUGAAUGACCCAAACCUAGUGAAGGCCCUUUGGAAACCCGAGGUGUACUUCCCUAACGCCAAACACGCAGAGUUCCAGUUCGUGACGGUCCCCAACGUGCUAGUGCGCAUCAAUCCCAUGGGCGAAAUCCUCUACAUGCUGAGACUGAAGCUCGUGUUUGCCUGCAUGAUGGAGCUCUCAAAGUUCCCGCUCGAUUCGCAAGUGUGCACCAUGGAGAUAGCCAGCUUUUCCAAGACGAUGAAGGAGCUGAACCUGUCGUGGAAGAAUGACGACCCCAUCAAGAUGUACAAGAACAUGCGGAUGCCUCAGUUCGAGAUGGAGCAGAUCGUGCCCACCACAUGCCAGGAGUCCUUCCAGAUCGGCAACUACAGCUGUUUGGUGGCGGAGUUCCACAUGCGACGCGCCAUUGGGUUCCACCUGGUCCAGAGUUACCUGCCCACCAUCCUCAUUGUGGUCAUCUCCUGGGUCUCCUUCUGGAUGGACGUGGAUUCAGUACCUGGCAGAACCACACUGGGCGUCACCACUCUGCUCACCGUGUCCUCAAAGUCCUCAGGUAUCCAAGCUGGACUUCCCCAAGUGUCCUACGUGAAGGCCAUUGACGUGUGGAUGGGCGCAUGCACAGCCUUCGUGUUCUGCGCCCUGCUGGAGUUCACCUUCGUCAACUACCUGUGGCGUCGGCGUCCUCAGAUGGAGCUCCGUCUGAGGGGAGGCUCUAACGGCAUCUGUCUGGCUGACCGCUUCCCCAACCUCGGCACCGGCUUCCCCACGCCCCAGAAGUCCCCCAGCGCCAUGGCUAGCAACACGGAGGUCAAGAUCAGCCAGGCGGGCAGCGGCGGGGCAGUGGUCACCACCCCGGGCAGCAACCCUCCUGGAGGAAGCUCAGACACUGAUAUCCAUCUGAAGGGCGGCUCCUCCCCGUGCCAAGAGGACCCCGCGCAGGUCACGGCCCAGAUCGUGCGAGCCUUCAAGCAAUCCAACAAGAUCAAGGCUCGGCAGAUCGACGAGUAUUGCCGCGGCCUCUUUCCUCUCCUCUUUGGCCUCUUCAACAUCUUUUACUGGUGCUACUACAUGCUCUAGGUCCUCUUCCUCACCUUCAUCUCCUUCUCUUCAAUGUCAAUGACUCGGAAAAGAAGAAAAUUUCAAUUCUAACUCUUCGCUUCCAAAACAAAAUAUCGGGUCAAGUUUGCGGGUUGUGAUUCCCGGCGUGAGAGUCUCGCAGCGGCGGUGUGCGAGGCCACACCCGCGGGACGGAGGUGAGGUGGUGGAAGGCAUACCUGUGGCUGCACGGGUAUGAACUGUGAUUUGCUGAGGCUUUUGUGGCUGAGUGGCAAUGAAUACUGAGUAAAUACUUCAAUGUGAUGCUGCGGCUCGCGGAGAUCCUGGAGGACGGCAAGAGACCUAGUGAGGCAGGCAGCCCCCACGCGGAGGGAACCGCAGGUGGGCGAGCCCGGGUCACGAAAGCAACUGCAGUCUUAUUCUAGAUUCAUAGAUAUUUUUGUAUAAAAAUACGUCACUGAAUCUGCCUCCUGGAUCUUCUUAUCUCUGGUGCGCGUUUCUGUCUCCGCUCCCACAGAUUUACAUGUGUGAUGGAGACAAGUAUUAUAUGGACUAUUUGUUAGCGUUAAGGUACGGCGGCCCGAGCCGGGGACAGCAAGCCCGGCGGUGGUGCGGGCCCCGGCGGGCAGGGCUUGGCGUGGCAGCAAUGGUGGUGAAGCUGCGACAGCCGCGAGGUGACGGCCCGCCACACCUGGCCACCGCGUCCCUGCUGUCCCCGCCCCGCGGCUCCCGGCACACUAUACAUAAGCUUUAUUAUUCAUGUCAGAUUUAGCAUAAGCAAGAAUCGCUCCGCCACGCCCCAAACUCUCUCAACACCCCUGACAAGAGCCAGACUGAUACGCUUGUAUGCAUGUAUGUGUCGAAACACUUACAGUAUUAUACACACAUAUAUAUGCAUACGUGUUAGGAGCAAACAUACACAUACUGUGCAUAAUUCCCGCAAUGUUGUAAAAUAUUUGAUGCAUAAUACAUAAACAUCAAAAUAUAUUAUACACAAAUCUAUGUACAUUAACUAUACUGUAAUGGUGACGGUGUGUGUGUCGUCCCAAGGCGUGGGUGUCCGUGGUGCUGCACGUGUGUCGGGCGCCGGCCAGCGGCAUGACGCCAGGCUCGCCGGGCCACGACAGAAUCACAAUUAGGCAUUUCUCGGCAGGCGGUGGACGCACGCGGCUCCCCGCUGGUUGUGUGGUAGUCGCAGCCCCGGCGGAAGGAAGACUAGCAGCCUCAGCGGUCCAGCGGUGGACGCGACGCUCCACAUGAUGCCCAACUCAACAAAGUAGCCAGACCGAGCAUGUACACCGCUACACCGCCACGCCCUCCCAGGAGCGGCUUCCCACACGCCGCCCGCUCAAAGAAGUUCCCGCGGCGUGACUUGGGCGGCGCGCUGCGUGGUGCAUUCUGAGGAUCCUCAUUACCUGGAGAGAAACUGUUAGACUAAUUAUUUUGAAUAAUCUAUUUUCACUAAACGUGAUAAGAUCAUUUUGGCAGUACUUGCACCGGGGGCAUGGCCAGCGGGGCCAGGCUGGACAGAGCACUGCUGUACAUAAUAUUCUACAUUCUAAAGAGGACAGUCAGUCAGUCGUUCACGUGCCCGUCCACUCGCCCCGCCGCGCCUGCCCAGUGAUACCCUGCAGAGGGUGUUGUACAUAGUCACCGCUUGAGGCGCUACCACACGACCCACAACUUCCUUCAACACGUCUAGGGAAACAUUACCGAUGACAGGAGAAACGGCGACAGAUUCCCGCAAGAUGGGAACGUAAUGUGGCGUGCACGUCAAGGACUAAGGCACUAAGCCUUGCCCAGAGGCGCCUAGGUUACGUGCGAAUAGCCACGCCGCUGAUCUAUAGAUACUGUUCACCGGCACGCAGAAACAUGGACACCGUUGUGUAAUCAAUUAUUGCAUCCUGGAACAAGCGUCACACUGUACAAAACAAUCUGUAUUAAAAUCAAUCAAGCAGCACGUCAACCACCGGGUGUGCUUGGACCCGCACCAUGUUAUGAACAACACCAUAAUGUCAAAGGUCACGCUCCGCAGUGUGCCAUCACCUGGUGGACACGCGGUCACGGGCGUGACGUCACGAUUCCCGACGCCUGCACCGGAAUGCUGACCCGCUCACUGGACGGUUCAAGGAAAGACGCCCCGUGUAAUAGCCCCUUUAGUAACGCGGAUUCCGGCGGCCUGCCUGCACCCUUACUCCCGCUCCUCCGCCGCCCGCUGCCACUCCCGCUGCGCCGCCACGGAGUCCGCACGGAGAAACAAACACACUGAAGGGCGAAACGCAGCUGUCUGUCACGUGACAAUAACUCUCCCCCAACGUGUAUCAGGAGCUCCGUCAAAGCCUUGCGGUUGGUUUCCUUCUCGUGUAUAGAAAGCGUCACCGCAAGCACAGCGCGAGUCGCCGCUCACCGCUGCACAAACAAAGGGAACAACACACAACAGGCAGCAGAUAAAGCAUGAUCUCUUAUGCCCCAAGACUCAGGCAAUGAGCAGCGGGUGUUGCGGCAUCGGGUAGCGGUGAAGUUCGCGUGAAACACACCAACUCACCAAUCAACACCCUCACGGCACGGCGCGGGUGUGACGGGCGGGCUGUGAGUACCUGUGUGGGCGGCCCGCAGCCUCUGGUGAGGGAGCGCCUUCCUGCCAUGCCUGGGGCUCGCCGCGGCCAGCACUCCGCGUUCAUUUCAUUACAGUCUUAAAAGUAAAGCUGAAAAAUGACUGACAGAGGGGAGAAAAUCCGCUGGCCACUCUAAUGACGCACUCACCAAACACUCACAAAUUCUUCUCGCUUCCCCUGAUCCCCAGCACACAGGCAGACAGGAUGGCUAGUGUAUACGCAACUUUGCAAGGCAGCCCCGGCAUACCACAGGGGUGCCCUCCCUCACGCACCUGCCCCGCCCCGCCCCGCCCCGUCCCGUAAGCCCAGUACCCUCCAGGCCACCUCGUCUGGAUUCCAUCGAAACGUUACAUAGUAGAAUCCAAAUGCAGUUUUUAUCAAAUUUUCAAUAAUGGAACUAAUCUUGACCCUGGUUCCCUUCGUUUAGACAGGUGUAGCAGUAGUCGCCCCACGGUUCACCUCACUCCUCGUUUUGGCCGCUGUCGCCCAACAAGCCACUCGUUCCUCAGUUGCUAUUAAUGCAUCGUAGACGAGGCAGUGUAGAGUUGCUCUGUGUUAUCAACCAAUAAUAAUGAUAAUUCUAUGGCGCUUCCUAUCGUAGACUAUUUUCUCACCGCCUGGUUUUUCCUUCUCUCCUGUUUUAGGUCGCGUCAGAAUCAGCCGCCACAGCUGCACUUGGCAUGGGUUACAUUAAGUCAGGUUUACUAACAUUGUAUUUGAUUAGAUAAGGAGAGGUGUGACUACGUAAAGUUACCUAACCUUACAGAACACGACCUUAUCUAACCUAACCUAAUAUAACCGACACCAAACGUAGGUAGGGCGACUGACCACCCCGUGACUUAUCUCCUGUUUCCCAUACGUUCUGUACAGAAUUCCUGACCCUGUAUUUCGUCUACGCACCUGCCCCGCGAUCCUCUCACACCCAGACGCUGUGUACUACGAAUAGAUCAACACCCACGCUUACCUUGGUGGGGUAUUAUGUCAUUCAGCGCUUUAUAUAUAUAUACUUAUACACACGUACGUACACUACUGCAGUAUUACUAACGCUAUUCUCGCUCCCUCUCCCUCUCUUUCUCUCUCGCAUCCAACACUCGACGUCUCUCACGGCUUCAGGAGUACAAAACUAUAGUAACAGUCCUUUGUCAUGAAAAGAAACUAUUGAAAACUUGAAAAAACAGACGCUAAUGAUUGAUGAUAACAAAUGUGCACUUAAACACACACACACACACACACACACACACACACACACACACACACACACACACACACACACACACACACACACACACACACACACACACACACCACACAUACACACACACAAAGCAAAUCCUGACGUGGUGUGACCUUACCUGACCUCUUUUUCCUCCCUCUCUCUCUCUGAAGUUCGUGUUUUAUUUAUUUUUUUCAUUGAACGAGGCGAACGGUAGUCAAUAGUACCAAAACAAAGACUACUCAAGUAAAGACAAUAACUCCCCCCUUCGCCGGAAAUAAGUCGUACUGAAACCCUGCUAAAAUAAAGACAAAGAAGUUAUUAAUUCAUCUAAAAGAAAACGCAGUAACUCAGUUCCAAUCAACCUCACUCUUCCCUCAUAGGAAAAAAGAAAUCAGGAGUAAAAAUAUAAACAAACAAUUCGCUCUCUGUAAUUCCCGAUAGCAAAACAGAACCUUAAAAAAAUACCAUACCAAUCUGAAUUAUCUCUCUCUCGGUCCUAAUCAACCUUACUUCACUAUAGAAUAUAUAUAAAAAGAAUCACAAUAAGUAAAAACAGCAAAAAUAAUUGACUUCUUGUAACUCACGAUAUUAAAACAGAACCUUUAAAGAAAUGCCAAGCCAACCAGAACUAUCUCUCUCUCUCUCGGUCUUAAUCAAUCUUACUUCUCCAUGAAAAUUAUAUAAAAAGAAGCACAAUAAGUAAAUAUAUAUAAAUAACAAAGAUAAUUCGUUCCUUUUGACUCCCGAUAUCAAAACAAAACCUUAAAAAAUUGUUAAACCAACCUAAAACUUUCUCUCGAACUUCCUCCAUAAGAAGGGUAAAUGAGAAAAUAAUAAGUAAAGCUAUAAAUAAAUAUAAUUCGUUCUCUGUAACUUCCAAUAUCAAAAGCAAAAGUCUUCAUAAAAUGCUAGGUUGGCUUCAAAACAUGCUAGGUUGGCUUCAAAAAAUACUAGGUUGACUUCAAAAAAAUACUAGGUUGACUUCAAAACAUGCUAGGUUGGCUUAAAAAAAAAUACUAGGUUGGCUUAAAAAAUGCUAGGUUGGCUUCAAAAAAUGCUAGGUUGGCUUCAAAAAAUGCUAGAUUGGCUUCAAAAAAUGCUAGGUUGGCUUUAAAAAUGCUAGGUUGGCUUCAAAAAAUGCUAGAUUGGCUUCAAAAAUGCUAGGUUGGCUUUAAAAAUGCUAGAUUGGCUUCAAAAAAUGCUAGAUUGGCUUCAAAAAAUGCUAGAUUGGCUUCAAAAAAUGCUAGGUUCGUUUCA